GCCAGAGAGCCGAACCGCCCGCUCGGCUCGUGUCUCGGGGCAGUUUUCUCCUCCGUCACUGUGGAACGGUGCUCCGGCCCGGUGUCAGACCCGCCAGCAGCCGCUGAGAAACGUUUGAGAAAUGUGUCACCCGUGUGAGGAGGUGGCGAGAGACACCAGCUUCAUUAAAACAGAUAAACCAUCAUGAUUCCCAUCACAGAGCUCCGGUACUUUGCUGACACCCAGCCAGCGUACCGUAUCCUGAAACCAUGGUGGGACGUUUUCACCGACUACAUCUCAGUCGUCAUGCUGAUGAUUGCGGUGUUCGGUGGUACACUGCAGGUCACGCAGGACAAGAUGAUCUGCCUGCCUUGCAAGUGGGUGGUCGACGGGUCUUGCGAGACCAUGCCCCUCCCAAAUGUGAGCACCGCCUUUGCGCCGGAACCAAAAGGCAUUCAGUAUGACCUCGACCGCCAUCAGUAUAACUAUGUCGAUGCAGUCUGCUACGAGAACGAACUACACUGGUUUGCCAAAUAUUUCCCCUAUCUGGUGCUACUCCACACUCUUAUCUUUCUGGCCUGCAGCAACUUCUGGUUCAAGUUCCCCCGCACAAGCUCUAAGCUGGAGCACUUUGUUUCCAUCCUACUCAAGUGUUUUGAUUCCCCUUGGACAACAAGAGCUUUGUCUGAGACCGUUGUGGAGGAGAGUGAUCCCAAGCCUCUGGGAAAAAUGAACGGCUCAAUGGACAAGAAGGCCUCGUGCGUGAGUGAGGAUGUGGAGGCUAGCGUGCCCAUGCUCCAACGAACAAAGUCCAGGAUUGAACAAGGAAUUGUUGAUCGGUCUGAAACUGGGGUCUUAGAUAAAAAGGAAGGGGAGCAGGCCAAGGCUCUUUUUGAGAAGGUGAAGAAGUUCAGGAUCCACGUAGAGGAGGGUGAUAUAGUGUACCGUCUUUACAUACGUCAGACCAUCAUCAAAGUUAUCAAGUUUAUCCUUAUUAUUAGCUACACAGCCUACUACGUACGUUACAUCAGGUUCAGUGUAGUGUGCUCAGUGAAUAUCCAGAAACUUACAGGGUACAGCACGUUCUAUUGCGCUCACCCAUUAGCAACUCUUUUCAAGAUUUUGGCCUGUUUCUACAUCAGCUUGGUAGUAGUUUAUGGUAUUAUCUGCAUGUACACUCUUUGUUGGAUGGUCAGCCGCUCCCUCAAGCGUUACUCCUUUGAAUCAAUCCGUGAGGAAAGUAGCUACAGCGACAUCCCUGACUUGAAGAAUGACUUUGCCUUCAUGCUACACAUGAUAGAUCAGUAUGACCCGCUCUACUCCAAGCGCUUCGCUGUGUUUCUGUCAGAGGUGAGCGAGAACAAGCUGAGGCAGCUGAACCUGAACAAUGAGUGGACGCUGGAGAAGCUGAGGCAGCGCAUCACCAAGAACUCUCAAGAGAAGCUGGAGCUGCAUCUGUUCAUGCUCAGUGGGAUCCCAGACACAGUUUUUGAUCUGGUUGAGCUGGAAGUGCUCAAGCUGGAGCUCAUCCCCGACGUAACUAUCCCACCAAUCAUCGCCCAGCUUUCCAACCUGAGGGAGAUGUGGCUCUAUCACACACCAGCUAAAAUUGAGGCUCCGGCCCUUGCUUUCCUGAGAGAGAACCUGAAGUCUCUUCACAUUAAGUUCACAGACAUCAAGGAGAUCCCAUUGUGGAUCUACAGCCUGAAGAACCUUAAUGAGCUGCACUUAACUGGGAACCUGAGUGCUGAGAACAAUCGCUUCAUUGUCAUUGAUGGGCUUCGGGAGCUCAAAAGUCUCAAAGUGCUUCGACUGAAAAGUAACCUGACCAAGCUGCCGCAGGUGGUGACUGAUGUGGGUGUGCACCUCCAGAAGCUCUCCAUCAAUAACGAGGGCACCAAGCUGAUGGUGCUCAACAGCCUGAAGAAAAUGGUCAACCUGACGGAGCUCGAGCUUGUCCGCUGCGAUCUUGAACGCAUUCCACACUCCAUCUUUAGUUUGCACAACCUGCAGGAGAUCGACCUGAAGGACAACAAUCUGAAAACGAUCGAGGAGAUCAUCAGCUUCCAGCACCUGCACCGGCUUGUGUGCCUGAAGCUGUGGUACAACCAGAUCGCCUACAUACCCAUACAGAUCGGAACACUCACCAACAUGGAGAGGCUGUACCUGAACAGGAACAAGAUCGAGAAGAUCCCCAGUCAACUUUUCUUCUGCCGCAAGCUCCGCUUCUUAGACCUGAGUCACAACAAUCUCACUAGCAUCCAUGCUGACGUUGGCUUCCUCCAGAACCUGCAGUACUUUGCUGUGACAGCAAACAGGAUCGAGACUUUGCCCCCGGAGCUGUUCAAGUGCAAGAAACUGCGUACUCUGAAUCUGGGAAACAACUGCCUGCAGACGCUGCCGUCACGCUUCGGAGAGCUCACAGGGUUGACGCAGCUGGAGCUGAGAGGGAACCGUCUCGAGUGUCUCCCAGUGGAGCUCAGCGAGUGUCGGCUGCUGAAGAGGAGCGGUCUGGUGGUGGAGGAGGACCUGUUCAACACGCUGCCAUCAGAGGUCAAAGAGCAGCUUUGGAGGGCCGAUAAGGAGCAAGCUUGAGCCAAAUCUCAGUGGAGAGCUGCCGAGGAGACGUGUUUGAUAGGAGAAACAAAUGAGCAGUGAAAAUGUAUGUCUUAUUCUUUGGUUCGUGCUUGGCGCCUCCAUGCAGAACUUGUUAAAGCAUGGAUGUGGUGCAAAUUUCAAGGAUGUCUUUUUGGAGAGUUUCAUGGUCGCCAAGGAUCUCAUAAUCUCAUAAACGAGCUUGGUGAUGAAAGGUGUGGAAGCAAUGUAGCUUUUCUGUAAUAUCACCCUGAAUAUAAAAGUUGUGAGGAUGCAAGGAGGUGAGGUCCAAUAUGCAUGCCUCAGCAGGACCUUGCUAAAGCAAACCUGUCUGGUAGAGAAAACCAAACACACAGGAAAAACUUUGCACGAUUCAGCCUUGCCAUUGAGCUAAAUGUGCUCACAAUCAUGUGAUACAUGCACAAAUUGAACAUGCUCAAAGCAGUGCUUGCCUGACGUUCGUCUGGCCUUGAGACUUAAAGUUAUUUAAUUACUUUUGAAAUUUGUAUCGUUUAUUCGCAGUUGUGGUGCAGUGUGGCUCAGAAUACUGGCACUUGUUAGUAGAUAAAUAAUAGCGCGACUGACGAUUCAUUGAGGCAUGAAGGUUUGGCCUUGUUUUCUCCAGGCACUCGGUAUGCUGCUCGAAGACAUCUUUUUAUGUGAACAAAAAGAUUCUGUGAUCAGCAGAUCAACCCACAGCUGUCCCCACAGCUUAGGCCUUAACUCAGAGGACUGAGGAACUGACAUCAAAGACAAGAUGACAAAUAUUCACAAGAAAAAAAUGGGAAACAAACUCGACAGAAUAACACCCUGCAUUUUUUCUUGGCUGUAUGGGAGCUGUGAUGGAGAAGUGCACCAUUCUUCUUGGACUCUUUGUUUUCCCUCGCUAAACAUCAUGUCUUAUUUAGACGUGUGAAACAGGCUUUAUCUUAAUUUUGCAUGGCUAAACAUCGCACACAUUUACAGGUAGGGCUGACCCAAAUGCUUCAAAGUUUCUUUGGUGGUGAUUGACCUCAAAUUAGUAUAUGGAGAAGGAGAUGCAGCAUCUGCUAAUAGUAAAAGAGGUUAAAGCCUGAUAAAGAGAGUGAGAAAUCAAGCUUCUCUAGGUGGUGUCUUAGGUAGUCUGAAAACCUUUGCACAUAAACACUAGUGAGAGAGCGUUUCCGCUCCAAAUGCACAAAUACAAGCUCAACUUUUCAGACUUUGGAAGCUGGAACAGUGACUGACAUUUCCUCACCUUCCUGUCCUUGUCUCUAACUAGAUAAAAAUUACAAUAGCAAAAGGUAUAGGUAAAUUAUGAUUUAUCAAGUUUGAUAGCGUGUGUUGCCCCUCUAUGUUGACGCUUCGACUAGAAUUCUCACUGAAGCUAAGAAGCCCCAAAAAUGGUAUUUAGGUCAGCCCUUAUUACAGCUGUGUCUUACAAAGGUGUGUGAGAUUGAUUGUGAGUGACUUGUUAAAACAUACACAAUCUGAUAUCGUGGUGUUAGCGUUGUUCCUGGAAUGUUGUUAUUAAUGUUGCUUCACGACCAUCAUUGCACCCGACCAAUCAUGUUUUUGUGCUGCCGUAGCUUUGCAAUUUGGGAGGAAAAAGACUGGAAAAAAUUGUUAAUGGGAUAAAUUAUCCUUUCAAUCGUGUUUUAUGUUGUAAAAUGGUAUGUUUGAACCUGUUUUCUUGAACCUAACAAAGCAUCUUUGUUACCAGAACUGAACUAACUAACAUUAAACCAAACAGAAGUGGAAAAUAGUAGAUUUAUAGAAACAAGUGAACAGUAUAGUAAUAUGUUCUGUCAGGACACAAUCCAGUCUGAUGGGUUGGAGUCCUGUUCUCAGCAAUGAAGCCAUAACUGUUGAGGGCUCAUAAUUGUGGAACAGAAUUGAUAAUGAUGAUCAAGAAACAGCACCAACAUGCCGAUAUCAGAUAGAUCUUUAAAACAAAGCCAAUCAUUUACUUGGACUUCAGGAUACUUCAUUUGGAACUUUCAGACACUACAAUACAGUGAUACCAUGUUCAGACAGGCUGUAUUGUGAUUGGUUCAGCAUUGACAUAUCCUACACAGCUACUGAUUUGUUGUUUGUUUAAUGAUUUGUGUUAAGUUUUUUAUGGAACAUAUCCCCAGAGUCAAAAAUCUUAAGUGACCUUUGUUGGCUAAAAUGUGUUGCUUCACUGACUAGUUUAACUGCACAAGGUGUCCAGUUGUGUUGGCUGUACCUGAUUUAAAGCUACAGGGUAGCAAACAUUAAUAAAUCUCCCAGUCACAGUUGAUUUAAGUUAAAACAUAUGCGAGCUUGCACAGCACUAAUCAUACAAGAUGAUUGUAGAUCACCAGUAAAACAAACAAGAGUCAAGGUACUUUUUUGAAAUCAUGAGACUUUAGAUAAUUAUUACCUCUGUGGCACCUCCAAGUGGAUGAACUUACUGCCACUCCUCAAAGGUUAUGUGUUAAUGUCAGUGACUCAAGUGCUCGGCUGUUUGCAUGCGAGCUCUUCUAUUCAUCAUGCUCAGUUUACUCCAGGGAAAACCGAAAACUGGACAUUUAUCGGCGCUUUGUUUAUCCGAAUGAGGACAAACAGGAAAUUACAGAGUGAAGGAAACAGGCUUUGACCGACCUACACGAGGGAAACUUUUAUUCGUAGAGAGUGUAUGCAGAAUAUGUGAUUUCCACAUCCACGGUCCAAAUUAGUGCAACAUGUCUGCUUGAAACACUUUUGUUGUUAAGACUUUGGAUUUAAUAGCAUCAUUUGGAGUAACCCUGCUAUGUUUACCCCAGCCAGGCAUCUCGCUGCUAAUAUGGCCUUAUCUUUUACAAGCUGUAUGCCCGGUUAAUGAUCACAAACAUACCGUUCGUGAGUUGUGUUUUUCAUUCAUGUGUUGUAAAAUGUAUGGUUUUAAUGUCUUUUCUUUCAUACAUAUCAGUCAUAUGGUAUGUGGUCUUAUUGUUACCAGAUGUUUCUUUUUGAUUUUUAGCCUUUUGAAGGAGAUUGAAGGGAAGUCUGACUGUAAUAAUGGUACAAUUGCACCUUUGUUCACGGUGAAUUUUGUUUCACUGAGGCCUUGGCUAUAUCCAAAUGCCCUUUUAGAGGUCAUUAUAGAAUGCUCCUAGAAGAAGAGCCUCAGUAUUGAAUGCGUUGACUAGUAAACAGUUUUAAAGUUGAAAGCAAAGGUGGAAGAAAGACAGAGCAGAUGACUCCAGAGAAAUGCAGUCACUUACAGCAAAUCUCCGCUUUUCCAGCAUGUGUGACACUUUUACUUAAAUUUUCUUUUGAGUGGCUGAUGUAUUCGCUUUGGUUUAAAUUUUGUGGUGCCAAGGAAGAGAAAAAAAAACAUGUUUAUACUACAUUUUGCAGAUACUGACCUGUUGGAUGCCAAACAAUGAAUGCCAAUAGGCAGGUAGAAUAAGUAACAGCACAUUAUACAUCAUAUAGUGCAGGAGCUGGCCACAGAUAAAGGGACAAGUCGUGGGACGGCUCAUACGUCACUCCAAAGUAAAUCUGAUAUGGUUACACAGCUCAUGGUGCAGUGCAGUUGACAGUGCUGCUGACACCUGAAAUCUCCCUCCUGCAGUGCAGCACACAGUCAAAUUAAGACUUUCAAACUAAGCCUGUCAGUGAGUCUAUCAAAUGUGUUUUGGCCUUAACCUGGUGAUUAUGUUAUUAGAUGUUGGACUAAUCCAGUGCUUCUCAAACUUUUUUUUUUUUCUGGCAGGCCCUCAUCCACAUUCUUUAUCAGUCAUCAACAAUAAUGGGGAAAUAAAAAAGGAUCCAUGUUGAUUUUUUCCAGUGAAUUAAAGAUCCGCAGGGAGGCAUCAGCAAACACUUCUUAUUUGUUUUUCCUACAUAAAUCACAUUCAUUAAACUAAUACUCUUUUCACAGUAGACAAAAAACUUGCUAACGCCCACCAUCGUCUGGCUGUUGUCUUCAGUGGGAAAAGGUCCAGCUGACAUUCAUUCCCACGUCAGAUGAAUCAUCAGUAGUCUGGUGCUGAUCCAUCUUGAAAUAUCGAUACUUCCCAUCCUGUUCUAGGAUUUAUUUUUAGAUUAAAAGACCAAUAUGUAAACUAAGUCAAUUUAGGUUAAUGUGUGUUUCAUCAUCAACACCACCACAGAAAGAAACUCCACUGUCGCCACCAUCUAGUUUAAAUAAUAGAGGGUUGAUAGAAACUACUUCUCCUUCCGCCUGUUGAAGUCUUGUCCAAAGGUGCCACUGACGGGGGUUAGAUACUGAUGAUGGCUCGUGUGGAGCUUUUUCGGUUUUGAGAGGGGCAGUAAUGUUGUAUUUAAUGUGUGUGUGAGGAUUUUGAGGUACUGUGGCAACGCCACAAACCUUGUUCAGCAUCUGAGAUUAAUCACAAGACGGUAUGUGAUAAGGUGUAGCAUUGUCAGUCUGAAGACGAGAUUCAUGUCUGUUUAGGCUUCAGGUUGUGUGUUGCUGGAGUUCCCCCGCUACCAUCUUGGUUUUUGGUUUCAGAAGAAAUCUGUUAUACUGCACAUCACUCUGCAGUAGUCACAGGUAUUUUGUCAGUUUAGGCACACCUGGCUGGAUGUGACAAUUGUCAGUGUGAUGCGCAUUAGGUUUUUUAUACUGACUACAUAGUUUUUGAUCUGUCCUGUUCAAGCAGCGCUCGAACAUCUGUGCUGAGCGCUAAAGAGAGACUGAAAUAAAAGAUAUGGAAACAUAACCACCAUGCUGCUUUAUGAUCCCUGUUGUGUUUUGUGAUGCCAAAGGUGACACACCAGAGAGGGAAAAAAAAUCCAAAACUCAUCCACUGAUAAAGGGAAAGGAGUUAAUUGCCUAUUCUAAGUGGGUUUACUAGCACUUAUAAACAAAACACCUAUGAUAAUUUUGGUGUAAAUAUGGUCUGGUCUCAGUUUGAGAACCACUGGAUUACAGGCAGCUAAAAACAUUUAGAUUUUUAUUUUUCUAACCCUAAACUCAUUGAUGGUAUCGUCUGUGUUACUCCUGACAUUGAGGAGUGCCAUGUAAACCUUUCUCAGAGCUUUACUGGAAAAUCACUCACACCCUGGAUUGGUUUAAACUGCUCCAUACCGACUGAUGUACUCAUACAACUGGCCUUUCUCACUUUCAGCUGUAUCAUGGUCCGGUCUACGUCAGCACGAUGACAACAUGUGUAGUCAUCCAAAUGUCUUCUCAGUGUCACUUUCCUGAGAACAUUCGGAUUUACAUCCACAAAUAUGUUUGGACAGGAACGGCCUCAGUUCCUGACCUCCAGAGCCGGUGACAGUCACUUCCCUUUGAGUCACGAGAUGAGCGCAUUUAACCUGCAGCCUCGCUCCCUUCUCCUGCAUGUCAGCGUCGGUGAAGGUCUGAGAUGAGGUCAGUCAGCUGUUUGCGGAACACGGAAAAGAGAAGAAGUUUCGGUGACUCAUUAAAAUUCCCCAUGGUUACGUAAAAAAUCUUGUGGCAGCACUUCAAUUAGUAUCAUGUCAGGAGAUAUAACCUCAAUCAGUGCAUUUUAAAGCUUUGUGCAGUUUCAUCCAAAUCACUUUACUUUGACCUGUUAACACGCAAAAUAUCAAAACAUGGUUUUCUGUUUUUUUGUUGUUUUUUAUGUCAUGCAUGCCUUAUUUAGCCUGGUUGUUGUGUGAGGAAACAUGAUUGAUUGAUUGAUUGAUUUGCUGCAGCUCCUGUCCCAAGAAAACAAGACAGGAUUUCACAACUGAACAAAAACAACUCUUAAGAAACUUAACACACUGUAAAUGGAGGUGUGCUCACUCACCCUCCACCUCGGGCAUUGUGUGUAACAGUACACAUCACUGUGCUGUUAGCAUCUGUAAUAUUUCUGUAUAUUUCCGAGUGGUCAUGAAACAACAUUUCACUUGAACCCACAAAUUUGUGUUAUUCAAGAAAAAAAAAACUGCCAUGGUUGCAUCUACAUCUAAUCUCUACCUAUGUAUAAAAGUUUGUUUAAAUACAUGAUUGUAUUUACUGUGUAAGAUUAGUCCAUCUCUGUAUUCUGAUGCCUGUAGAUCAGUUUGUUGGUUUUCUUUUUUUCGGGGGGGGUCUCGCACCACACCACACCACACCACAUCCUGCAGCAUGAGUUUAUCGAUUCUGAACUUAUGUGUAUUACAGCCAUACGGAAAGCGGCCCACUUUGACCCCCUGACAACAAUUGUUGUUGACUGAACUGUAAGCCGGAUGGGCAGACUCGUUUUAAUCAGCACCGUCUGUAUCACACUCGACAAGGCCUUUAUUAAUGAAAUGUUGCCAAGUGGACUGAACACUGGCUUUUUAAGCGGGACGUCUGUAAACUAUGGACAGCUGAACGUUUGAUUUCUAAUGUUCAGACCCUACUUUUGUACCAUUCUGACACAUGAUAAUAAAAUAAACACUUAACACUGAA